CAACACUGAGUCUCAGACCUAUUAUAAUUCUCUUUGCUCAGACCAAUCAAUUCGUGCCAAUCAAAUGAGCUGUUUGUAAAUUAGUCUUAUUUAUAAAUAAUAAACAGAAUAGCUUUACAAAAGUAUGUCAUUUAAAAGAAAGCAAGGUCUUUCCUGCUAAUAAAAAUAUCCGAAAUCUUCUAAAUAAAAAUAAUAUCGAAUAAUGUGUGGUCGAACCGGUCUUUCACUCAAUAAGGAUCAAGUCCAAUGUGCUUGUAGCUACAAACCCAAAGGGGCCAGCGUGUAUAAAAAGCCAGAUUGGUUGCCGGAGCAUAAUGCCGGAAAAGAAUACAAACCAUCCUACAAUAUAGCCCCAACAGAUGUUACUCCUAUUCUUAUCUCUUCAAGUAAAUUUAAAAAUGCAACAUCUGGCAGCAGACUGUUGAAACCGAUGAUGUGGGGAAUAAUACCGCCAUGGCAUAAGGGCGAGUAUAAUACUCACAAGUUGACUACAAAUAAUUGCCGUUUGGAAAGUAUUAAAAGUUCAAAACUUUAUGGUCCAAUUCUGAAAAAUGGAGGCAGAUGUAUAAUUGUUGCAGAAGGUUUCUAUGAGUGGCAAACAACCAACAAAUCAGCCAAAGUUAAGCAACCAUAUUAUAUAUAUGCCCCUCAAAAUGAUAACACAGUGAUUGAUGAUGCAAGUACAUGGAGAAAUAACUACAAUGAGGAAACUGGGUGGGAUGGAAUAAAUCUUCUACAUAUAGCUGGUUUGUACGAUAUAUGGCAAAAUGGUGAUAAAAUCAUAUAUGCAUACUCUGUAAUUACAAUGGACUCAAAUGAAACAUUGAGUUGGCUCCAUUCUAGAAUGCCUGCAAUUUUAGAUACUCAAGAUCAAAUAGAUGCGUGGCUGGACACUGAGAAUGUUAAUCCAGAUUUGGCUCUUGAGCAUUUAAAACCAGUUAAAUUAUUAUCAUGGCACAAAGUAUCUACGACUGUGAAUAACUCAAGAAAUAAAUCCGAUGAUUGUAAUAAAAGGAUGAAAGUUGAAGAGAGUAAGAAAUCGCAAAAAUCUUUAACUGCUUGGCUCACAAAACCAGAAAAGAGAAAAGUUUCAGAUGAAUGUAAUCGACAAGUCAAGAAAAUAAAAAUUGAAUCGUGUACAAAAUCCAACAGUUCAUAAUAAAAUGUUGAAUCCUUUUAUAAGACUAAACCAUUA